ACGUCUAGAGCUGUCGUAUCGAGAUGAGGAAGGUCCCGAGUUUAGUUGUUCUUCUUGGAUUAGCCGUUGCCGCUUUUACGAGUCCUAUUGAGCAGAAACGUUGGAGUUUGGUACGAGACGGCAAUGGAAACGUGCACCUGGACGAUACGCAAUACUCCAACCCGAUCGAACCGGAAAAACAAUUCGUUGCAGCUGAAGUAACGACCUUCCAUUUGUUUACACGAGCGAAUCCAACUGUUGGGCAGGAGAUAGUAUUGGACGAUGCCGCUUCCCUCCAGGCUUCAAACUUCAAUUCGGCCAAUCCUACCAGGAUCAUCAUCCAUGGAUGGAGCCAAAGUCGCCUGUCGGAUGUCAAUACGGUUCUGACGAAUGCCUGGUUGACUCGAGGUGAAUUCAACGUGAUUGUGGUCGAUUGGGAAGAAGGUGCAAACACAUUGCUGUAUCGAUUGGCCCGAGGCAGAAUUGUUGCUGUUGCUGGAGUUAUAUCUUCGUUCAUCAAUUUCCUGGUAUCUGCUGGAGGAAUUGCCCACAACAGUAUCUACAUAGCAGGACAUAACCUGGGAGCUCACAUUGCCGGUAGCGUUGGCUUUUUCCAGUUUAUGCGUAUAAACACCAUCUAUGGCCUGGAUGCUUCGUACGAACUUUUCGACUACACAAGCAGCGAUCGUUUGAACCAAUGGGAUGCCCAAUACGUCGAAUCGAUCCACACCAAUGUUGGAAACAACGGAUUCGAUCUUCCACUGGGACAGGCAGCGUUUUAUCCGAACGGUAUUGGACCUCAGCCAGGAUGUGGAAUCGACCUUACCGGAAACUGUGCCCAUGCACGAGCCAUCUUUCUACUGGCCGAAUCGAUCAUUUCCGGCGGAUUCACAUCAAUUCCGUGCCAAAACUUUAAUCAAGUCCUGGAGGAUACCUGCGUCAUUGAUCGGCCCACUCGUCGCAUGGGAGGGGAGCCAUCGAAUCAAGGCACCGGAGCAAGAGGUGUUUACAAGAUGACUACCCGUGCAUCGAGCCCGUUUUCAUUGGAUUAGAGUAGGCAGCAUAGCUUAUCCGCCCGUUUUUGACAUGGUUCGAAAUAAAUCAACUUCCUGUAGGCUUAGAA